AAGAUUUCGUGUUGACCAUCGCCCGGGCGGGAGCACUUACUUACUUCUUCGGCACGCACGCUUCUUUUAUUCUUCUUUGUAACGUCCGUUUUCGUGCUUCGAAUUUUUGAUUAUUUUUUUUAUUCUUGUGCCGCAGCCCGAGAAGUUGCGUUUCGGCAUUUAGUUGGUUAUCGAUUUUGAUAUGUGAGAGUUGGUUGGUUUUUUCUACACUUUUUUCGCUCGUUUCAUGAAAGGAUAAUCGAUAAAAAUGUUGUCGACAGGCGUCUGUCGAUGGUUGUUCCUCCUGAUAUCGCUAUCAACAUGGGUCAAUUUAACAAAUUCGAAGGAGAUGCGCGUGGUCUGCUACUACACCAAUUGGUCGGUGUACAGGCCGGGCAGCGGGAAAUUCGGCCCGCAGAACAUCAACCCCUAUUUGUGCACCCACCUCAUCUACGCCUUCGGGGGAUUCACCAAAGAGAACGCGCUGAAGCCGUUCGACAAGUACCAGGACAUCGAGAAGGGCGGCUACGCCAAGUUCACCGGCCUCAAGACCUACAACAAGGAGCUGAAGACCCUGCUGGCCAUAGGCGGCUGGAACGAGGGCUCCUCUCGCUUCUCCCCAUUGGUGGCGAGCGCCGAGAGGCGCAAGGAGUUCGCCAGGAAUGCCAUUAAAUUCUUAAGACUGAACCACUUCGAUGGGUUGGAUCUCGAUUGGGAGUAUCCGGCGUUUAGGGACGGAGGGAAAUCCAGAGAUAAGGAUAAUUAUCCGUUGCUAGUACAGGAACUUAGAGAAGAAUUCGAUAGAGAAGCAGAAAAAACGGGAAGGCCAAGAUUGCUGCUCACGAUGGCCGUACCGGCCGGUAUCGAAUACAUUAAUAAAGGAUUCGACGUGCCAAAACUCACUAAGUAUUUAGACUGGAUGAACAUUUUAAGCUACGAUUUCCACUCGGCCUUCGAACCAUCAGUUAACCACCACGCUCCCCUAUACCCCUUAGAAGAAGAAAACGAAUACAACUUCGAAUCAGACCUAAACAUAGACUACGCCAUCAAGCACUACAUAAAAAAAGGGGCCGAACCCAGCAAACUGGUCCUCGGAAUACCCACCUACGGCAGAUCAUACACCCUCUACAAUCCAGAUGCUUUCGAAGUUGGUGCCCCAGCCGACGGGCCGGGCACCAUGGGUGAAGCCACCAGGGAAAACGGCUACCUAGCCUACUACGAGGUCUGCGAUUACGUGAAAAACCAAGACUGGGAAGUCGAGAAGCCCUAUCCUCAAGCGAUGGGGCCCUACGCGUUCAAAGACAACCAAUGGGUGGGCUACGACGACGAGGACAUCGUCAGGAAGAAGGCCCACUACGUGGUCGACAAAGGCCUGGGAGGUAUCAUGUUCUGGUCGAUAGAUAACGACGAUUUCAGGGGCGAUUGUCACGGGAAACCUUACCCGCUAAUCGAGGCCGGAAGGGCUGCUCUUAUCGAAGCGUACGGACUUGCUGAUAACGAUGUCGUGGAGAAGUCACCCAAGCCGAUCAAGAGCAGAACCAGGACGCGGACGAAGGCGAAAACUUCGAAUAAAAACGAAGAAAGCGAUGCUAAAAAACCAUCUAUACCGAGAAGAAGAACUAGAUUAAGGCAAGGAAACGAGGAUGAGGAGCAAUCCAAUAAGCGGAAAACCGUAAGGAAAAACGAGGGGGAGACGUCGAGUUACAGUAGCCUAAAAGUCGUUACGCCGAGCUACAGUACUCCAGCUCCUCCUUCUACGCCGGAACUCGACGGUGGAUUCAAGUGCGAAGACGAGGGUUUCUACCCGCACCCCAAAGACUGCAAGAAGUACUUCUGGUGCCUGAACGGAGCCGGCGAUUCCGGAAUAGUCGCCCAUCAAUUCAACUGCCCGGCUGGGUUGUAUUUCAACAAAGCGGCCGAUUCCUGCGAUUACAGCCAAAACGUUUUGUGCAAAAAAGCGGCCCAAAAAACCACCAAGAAACCAGACACUUCAACCACUACUACUUCAUCAACAACAACGUCUACUACAACUCCUGCGACUAGAAGAAUUACGUUCCCACCCAGGACAACUACUACUAGAUCAACAACAACUACAACAACCGAAGCUUACGAGGAUGAAGAAUACGAAGACGAUGUUGAAGCGGAGGAAGAAGAGGACGAUAAGAAAGGUUCCGAAGAAGAUCCCAGGGUUAUUAAGGAACUAAUAGAGCUUAUAAAGAAAGCCGGUGGUAUUGAAGAGUUGGAAAAGCAAUUUAAUUUUAAAGACAAUUCAUCGCCGAAUUCCGAACAAUCAACCACGAAAACUCCGAUAAUUUCGAAAAGUUUGUACGAGAGAGUGUUGUCGAAAGCUAUCAAAAACACAUCCCCAAACACCAGGAAUGUUUCGUUUAGAAACAGCAGAGGCCCGCAAAGCGACAAAACCGAAGCCGAUCAGCAACCGGAGAAGCCCGAACGAGGAAAAUUACAGUACACUUCAAUAUCAAGAUUCAGAUCUUCUACAAGUAAACAAUCUGAUGAUGAUGAUGAACCUGAUCAAGUCAAAGAGCAAGACUCUGAAAACGAACCCGUGAGAAAAUCAAUUGACAAAUACCCAACUUACACGAACAUCAGACGAGCAAAAUCCAAUUUUACCACAACAGAAGUCCAUAAAGACCGGAACGCGAUAUUGGGAGAACCUGAUGAAGAAGACGAUGAAGAUACAGAUGAUGAAUACGUUCUUACAACAAAGAGAACGUACAGUCCACAAUAUGUCAAUAUUCGAAGACAAAGACCUUCCACCACUGAAGAAUCAUCGACUUCUAAAUACGCCGAAAUCCAACGAGGAACCACCGAGAAAUCUACUACCACCAAAGAGGAUGCAUCCACUACAUCCAAAUACAGAAUCUUGAGGAGAACAACUACAACAACCACGAAUACACCUGAAGUAAACACCGAUGGUAUAAGUACACGAUCGAGAAUUAACGAAACAACACCAACAACAACCCCAAAUAACACUCUCUAUAGAUCUACAACCGCCCAGCUGGAAACAGACGCUAACAACACAGAGGAAACAAUCAAUGACUAUUUACUAAAUGUAAUAACAACAACCGGAACAUACGUAACAGACGACGUUAACCUCGUCAAAUCCGAAACUAACGAAUCGAAAAUUAGCCAACCGAAUUUAAUAAACUCUUUCCCAAGAAAAAGGCCUCAGCUCUUCGAACCGAGGCCGUUUUCCAAACCGACGGCAGCGACGACGAGGCCUCCGCCUAUACAGGUCACCAAGGUGAGUGAAUCCCCAUCAGAGCCAGGUAAACCCCAAAGGAACGUAAGCUUUAGAUCUAGAGGUAAUUCGAGAUUCAAUGCUAAUUCGAGCGGUAAAGCAGUCGAUAAGGAAGCGAGACGUCGAGUUAUCGUCACGGAGAAACCACAGGAGGAAAACCGGUCUUACAGACCGUCGGAGAUAGCCGAUUUGUCGUCGUUAACGGCGGUGGAUUUCGAUAACAUCAAAGGAUUGAAUUCCAGAACUAAUAUCAGACGAAGGAGACCGUCAACUACUACCACAACCACUACCACUGAAUUACCGGUGGAAAUUUCGCAAAAACGCCGGCGAAUUCACAUCACUUCGGACGAUCCUACUACAGAAUCGACCAAUCGAUUCGCGCAUCACAAUCGAAAAGUUAUCCGAAGAUUCAGAACUACCACGGUGGCGUCGCGAAUUAAUCCGAUAUUGGACGUGCCAUCGAAGAGGAACGAAGUGGACGAUGAGAUUUUCGAAGACGCCACCUCCGAAGAGGAGGAGAACAUCAAAUUAUCCGAAUCGAAUAUAAGGGAGAACAGCGAGAUCAACGGCUUCCGUCCGGAUUCCAAGUUCCUCGCGAAGGAAUCGUUUGGGAAAUCGAGCGUUUUUAACGACCGUAGAGAACCUACUCCGGUCAGCUCGACGGAGCCCAAUUUAUUCUACAGAACCAGGAAAAUCGUACGAAAACUCACGUCGACCGAAUCCUCUAAAAUUACCGAUAAAGAAACCGACGCCGAGCAAAUAUUCGGUAGAAAACGAAAAGUGAUAAGAAAAAUCCGACCAAUUAAUGCUAUUGCAAACAACACAGACACCACCAAAUUAUCCGAUCCAAAUGAAACUAAACCACCUAAAAGAACCUUCAACAGGUACAGGCCUACAUCUAUAAACCUAGACAUCACCACUCCUAGGAACGUGCAAAAGAAUAAAACGAUUCUAUUGAGUAGGUCUUACAGACCCACAUUCAAACCAAAUAGAAACUACAUAACCAGCGAAUUGUCUCAAGAACCGGACACAACCACCUCUAGUGUAUCGACCAGAAAAUCAACUACAACUACACAAGCAUUUACAGAAACAGAAAUCACAACUUCGAACGAUUUAACAACCGAAAAUGGCGAUACAACUUCAACAGAUUAUACAACAACAGAACACAAUCCUACAGAAUCAAACUAUACAGAUUUAGAAACCACAAUCACUACAGAAAGUGAAAGUGAGACAACUAGCAUCACUACAGAAGAAACCACAACUAGCGGUGUUCAAGAUGAAACUACCACUUUGCAACAAAUAAUAAUACAGUCAACGGAACCUUCAUCAACCUCUAAUAAAUUGUUUUACAACAUUCGCUUGCGAUCAACAACGUCUACAACACAACCUACCGUGGAAAAAUUGAAUAUAACAAACGAGAUUUCCAACACAACUAAAGUUGUUAAUAAUAGGUUUAAUAGGUACAGGUCGGGAUACCGCCCGUCUAAAAAAAUUAACAUCACUAAUACUCCAGAAAACACUUCGUCUACACCAACAAGCAAAUUAUCAUACAAAUUUAAAAAGCCUCAAGAAGACGAUGCGCAGGAAGUUACCAGCGAGAAGCCGAAGAGCAGGUUUCUCAUCAACAAGAAAACCAGAACCACGAAACCUUCUAGUUUACCGUACUUCACGAAAUCCACCACGGAAACCACGCCUGUAAUCAACGAAGAACUCAAAAACAUCGACACGGACGCCGUCAAAAACCGCAACAAAUCGCUGUUCAGCAAAAACCGAAAACCGAAUCCACUCAGCUCCACCACGCAACCAUCGACUAUUAGCGAAGAAGCUGUUACCGAUUCGAUGGAAUUGUCCACGGAACAUCCGACGACCCUCGUGCAUAUUUUCGCCGAAAAAGUGCAAAACGCCACCACCACCGAACAACCGGAUAAAAUCAACCAAAAUCAAACCACCACCAGCAGAAUCGAGAAACUGAUCGAAGUCAACCGCAUCAUCAACGUGAAAACUACAGAAGACGUGAUCAAAAAUCACCAUUUAGAGCACAGGGACGGCAAGGAAUCCUCUUCUUUGUACGACAAAAUCGGCUCUAUCAGCCGGAUCACAGUCAUCAAAGUCGUCGAUAAAGAUAACAACACCGACACUGUAUCCCCCAUUUACAUAGCAAACAAUCAAAGCACCGAAUCCCCCAUCAAAUCCUCAGUGGAUAUGAUCAUUCAAAUAGCGAAAAUACAACAAGUACCGCCUCCUGAAGAUAAGGUCAACGUUAGCGUCCGUUUGGAAGAAGCGAAUCCUUCGAGUAGAGAAGAAAGACGAUACGAUGUAAUCGGUAUCGGGAAAGUCGAUGAUAGCAAAUCGACAAACGUGGGAAAAGCGGAGAUUAUCGACGGGAUAUCGCACAUUAACAUCAUCACUCCCAGACCUGCGGUCUACUUGACGGAAUCCUCGACUAUAGCGCUGGAAGGGUUGUUUCCAACGGACAAACCGACGUUAUUCGCUGGGAAAAACUCCAUUAACGAAGAGUUAUUGGAAACCGAUAAUUCGAAGUAUGUUAAUGUGAGAAUUCUACACCCGGAUGGCUCUAGCGAGGUGAAUUUAGAUGAUUACAAAGAGAAAAAAAUUAUACCGAUAAAACUCCUGAAACAAGACGAAGACGACGCAAUAAUGAGAGCGAGAGUAGUCGAAGUGUCCCCGAAAACCCCCUUUAACACGAUCAGAAUAGUUCCGAUUCGAGUUGAAGCGGCCAAAAAACCGCCCCCGCCGUUACCCUUGAUUAGGAUAAAUAGGCAACAUAAUUGAUAGGUUUCUAUUUAAAUACGGCAAAUUAAUAAUAACAAUUUUAGAUGUAAUUCAUGUCGCUAUUACUCGUAUUGUUAUGUGUAUAUACGAAAAAUAUUGAAGAAAUGUUCUUGUUGUUGUUACGGAAAAUCGUUGUAUGUGUGAUAAUCGAAUGUAAAUAAUAAGCACCGUGUAAUAUAUUAGCACUAUUUAGUUUAUUAUUACUGGUUUUUGUCAACGAAUCCUUUUAAAUUGUGCGUUAUAGUGAUACGAAAAUAUAUUAGGAAGAGGAAAUGCAAUGAGUAGAUUUUGAAAAAAUAUUUCAUAAAAAACUAUUAAGACGAUGGGUAAGUUAGAUGAAAUUCCAUUUUAGAUGAACAAUCGAGAGAAGAAUUUCACGAGAAAUUUCCUAAGAGGCUCGGCCGCCCGAAGAACCACCACCAUCCGGACCACGCCGGCAUCGACGACUUCCCCGAAGGCCGUCACCAGGACGACUAAACUGCCGAGGAGAAAAUACCUGACCAGAAUCUCGACUACGACGAAGAAAUCGUUAGAAAGUCAAGAAACAACCACAUCCAAGCCGACGUCGAUUCGGUACGAAUUCUCGUCGCGACGGCCGCCGUUUCUACGCAGAACCGCCGCGACGCCGACGUACGAGAAACUAAAAAUCGCCGAAAACGAUUCCAUAGGGAGACCUCUCGAAUUGAGAGAUGUCGUCGUGGCUCUGAAAGACAUCCAAAGCGCCCCACCUCCUAUUAAAACCACCACAACCAAAAAUCCCCCUGCAGAAGAAACUACUAAAAUCAACGUAAACGAAAUAACUUUCACCACGUCCCGGCCGCUGAACAGGUUUAAAAUCAAAGCUUCCACUACGACAUCAUCACCUACGAUACAUUCCUCCAUAAAAGCCCACUCAUCACCCCAUCAACCAGCGCAUACCAUCGCCUAUACCACUCCCUUCGACAACAUCUUCAAAUCAACUCUCACCAACCCCUAUUACGAAUACAACAUCCAAGAUAACCCGGGUGUAGGGUACGAAGCGUCCCACUCGGACCUUUUGGAUCGCCUCCCGGAGCACAGCAAGGUCCUGGUGCACAGCAACGGAGUGAUAGAGUGCCUCGAUCAGGGGAGCUUCCCUCAUCCGAUAUUCUGCAAGAAGUUCAUCUCCUGCGCUAAGAUGGAGAACGGCAAGAUGAUCGGUUGGGAGUACACGUGCCCGAAGAAUUUGAGCUUCGAUCCCAUCGGCGGCAUGUGCAACUGGUCCGCGGAUUUGGGAUGCGAUGAACUGUGAAUAUAAUAAAAACUGUUUCGUGCUUAGUUGUCAUUAAAGCGGUCUCGUUAAUGUUACUUAAAUGGUCAGUAAGGAAGUUGCUUUUGUAAAAUGAUUGCUUUUCGUAUACGUGAGGUUUUUUUA